UUGGGACUUUUAUGUGAGCGGAAGCCGGAAGUUCACGGCGGUGUUCGGGAUGACGGCGAACGGACUGAAACGGGUUUUUGAGCGCGUACGGAACAUCAUGAGCUCGUAUGUGAUGCUGUUUCUGCUGCUGCUCGACAUUUACUCCACAUGUGCGAUCGCGUAUCUGAGCUCUCCUCACGUGGGUCAGGAGACGCCGUACACGGCCCAGCAGAGCCCGGUGAUGACCAGUCCGGUGGCUCUGACCUCAUCCUCUGCUGCCCCAGCGGUCACCGAUGAUGACCUGUCCAGGUGUCCCAGCGGCGGUCAGUGCUCCAGACUCCCGGCCGACUGCAUCAUCUGCUCGUUUCAUCACAACUGCAGCUACGGCCGGCCGGCCAACUUCACCUGCAGAGCCAAAGCAGGCGUCCACUGUGUGAGCGAUCCGAGUCGGCCGCAGCUGAACUUCUCGCUCACGCUGGACUGUCGCUUCUGUUGGCAGCUGGAUCCGUCUCAGUACCGCUGCUCCGACUCCACCAGCUGCAUGACGGUGUCGUGUCCACGCAGACGCUAUAACGCCAUCUGUAAGGUCCUGGAGCACGUGCACUGCCUGGGGAAGCGAGUGUUUCAGAAGCGUCUGUUCUGUAACUGGACGGGAGGAUAUAAGUGGUCCACGGCUCUGGCCCUCAGCGUCACUCUGGGGGGCUUCGGAGCGGACCGCUUCUAUCUGGGCCAGUGGAGGGAAGGUCUGGGGAAGCUCUUCAGCUUCGGCGGUCUGGGCAUCUGGACGCUGAUCGACGUGCUGCUGAUCGCUGUGGGAUACGUGGGGCCAGCCGAUGGCUCUCUCUACAUCUGAGGGCUCCAAUGUGACUCUGACUCUGACUCCUCCAUCCCAGAUUUCCAUCCUGAAUCGCACGUGUUGUGUCCAAACUCCCACUGCGGCAGAUUCCCAUCUGCUCUUCAGCAGCACGUCUGGCAGACUCCAUCAGAGGAAGACCGCAGCGCUACAGGCGAUGCACAGCAUGCAUCUAAACUCAUCUGUGUCCUUCUUAUUUUACUGCUAUAUGUAUAUAUGUGUGUAUAUAUUAUGAGUGUUGAUUUCUGAUUAAACCAGCGUCAGGUUGAUGACAGUGCUCACCUGA